UCAUCUGUUAAAGCUAUAAAUCCACUAAAUUGUUUUGCAAUACGCAAGCAAAAACCUUUUAGCGAUAGCAAAACAUUAAACUUUUGUCUGUAUGGUUUGGUUUCUGUUUUGGUUAUCAUUCGCCAUCGAAGACUCCAACCACUUUUUUCAGCACGCAUAAAAUUAUUGAUUUGUUUUGGGUCCGCACCAACUAGCAGUGGGGUGCCGGUUUAUUUUUGAUUUUUCGCGCUAAAAUUUCGUUAACUCGUUCGAGUUGCGUGUCAGUUCACUGCCCGCGUAUUCGCGAUUUAACUCCCGCCGAAAACAGUCAACUGCUUCUUUUCCUUGGCGUUCUGCUCUAAAUUUCUUGACGAAAGUGUUCCGGCGCUUGAAAAAAAUAUAAUUUUAAGGGUUCAAAGGCUCUGUCAUUAGAUUUUACCGUUUAAUUCUGUGUGUCUGUUAGCAUUUCUGUAUUUCUUGACGUACUUUCCUAAAUAUGGCGGCGGCUUCGAUCGGACCGGAAAGGCUUGGCGUGGCCGGUAAGAAGCCAUUCACCGUGUUCAUCGAAGGCAACAUAGGAAGCGGAAAAACUACCUUUCUCAACCACUUCGAGAAAUUUAAGGAUAGAGUGUGCUUGCUGACAGAACCUGUGGAAAAGUGGCGAGACUGCGGGGGAGUCAACUUGCUGGAUCUGAUGUAUAAGGAACCGCACCGAUGGGCGAUGCCGUUCCAGACCUACGUCACACUGACGAUGCUUAAUAUGCAUACGCAUCAAACGGAAAAGAGUGUGAAGCUAAUGGAGCGGUCCAUGUUCAGUGCCAGAUAUUGUUUCGUGGAAAACAUGCUCGCAUCUGGAAGUUUACAUCAGGGAAUGUACAAUAUUCUACAAGAGUGGUACGAAUUCAUCCAUGCUAAUAUACACAUUCAAGCUGAUUUGAUAGUGUACUUACGAACUAGUCCGGAAAUUGUUUAUGAAAGAAUGAAAAAGCGCGCCAGAUCAGAAGAAAGUUGUGUUCCUUUGAAAUACCUACAAGAACUGCACGAGCUGCAUGAGAACUGGUUGAUUCACGGAACUUUUCCGAGAGUGGCACCGGUUCUCGUUCUGGAUGCUGACUUAGACUUGCACAACAUAAGCUCGGAGUACAAGCGGUCCGAAACAAGUAUUCUCAAGCCCAUUCUUAUAGAUAACACCAAUCAGCAUCCCAUUCUUGCAUCACCCAGUAAACGAUCGAGAACAGAGUUCUAGUAAAUUAUAAAUUAUAUUUUACUAAUUCCUUUUCAUAUUAUUAAUUAUCAACGUAACAAGAUAUACCUAGACGAAUAGAACUUAACAUAGCCCAUAAGAUUAGUGUACACAAGUGUAUAUGUUAUAUUAUUACGAUUGUAGAAUACGAUUAACACAUUCACACACAGAACACACAAUAUUGUAGGCCAAAGAAACAAGAAAAUUAAUGCCCGUUUUUAUCGUGACGGGCAAACAAUAUAGAUCCGAACCGUGUUAAAACAGUUUUCAAUAUGAAACCGAAUCAGCUUUCUAAAAUGGUAUCUCCAAAUUACAAAUAGUAACAGCAGACAUUGUCCGAGCGAUGCUCGGACUGAGCUAUACUAAAUUCAUAUUCUACAGUAAUAGGUAACUGAACGCUAUUUAUUAGUAUUAACUUGCUUCUAAGAUGCACGUGCGAGUCUUAACGGAGAUUUGACCAUCUCAAGUAACCGUCUUGCGAAACAUUAGUCCUAUAAGGGUCUUUUUCAAAAGGCCCAACUAAUACUGGUAUGUGACUCAAUGGUUACUCGGGAUACGUCUGAUUACCGUUAAUUCCACAUCACAUAAAACAAUGAAUGAAUGCGAAUAAUUUGGUUAACAGGUACCGUGAUUUUGGGUCAUGUUGAUCACUGGGGUAAAAUUGAUCGACGUGAGGCAUACUUUUGUUUGCCAAAAUUAAUAAUUAAAUCUUACGCGAUGUGAAGAUGAUUAUUUAUCUUUGACUCCGGAUGAAAAGUUACAAUGUUUUUCCAUAUUUUUGUGGAAAAUUACAAUUUUCUCCAACCAUGUGCUUAGCAAUCUUGAAAGAUACCCUUUUUUGUCGUGGCAGCGUGGAAGCAUCGCUUACGUAACUAAUGAGCUUUGGAAUACACUGAAACCUCCAUUUAAGUCGAUGCAUGGCUGAUCGAAAAUAUUUUUUACCGUACAAACAGUGACAAAACUAAAGACUUUUAUAUUUUUUAACAAUUCGCAUGACAAAGGAGAUCUGUCAAAAAAUUUUAAACUCUAUAGUUUAGUCAUUGCCUGCACGGUAAAAAAUAUUUUCGAUCAGCCAUGCAUCGACUUAAAUGGAGGUUUCAGUGUAAAUGUGUUUGACUAAUAGAAAAUUCACUAGAUCAAAUUUUUCAUCGUCAACAUUUUGUAUAGGUUUUACCAUUUUUCUACUAAGAACAUACUUUCUAGUGCAUGUGUAUCUGAUGUUAACCCUUCUUGUGCACUAGGGUCAUUUUCGACCCAAACCGCACGCUACGUCAGCGAGCUGUUCUCAACGUGGUGCAUUAGGAAGGUUAAAAAGGGACUCAUACAGGGGGUGGCCAAAAUGUUUGAGAUCUUCAUGUUCUCUCACAAUCGAAAAUUCUCAAACUUUGACUGUUUGCCACGCUAUUAUGUGUGCAAUGUGCUUCAUUGGUACAAAUUUGUGCUCGAUUGGUUAAUCUUUCGCGAAGAACCGUUCUCGUAAAACACUAUUUUUAAGUCAACUAUUUUUUGAACUGUCAUAUCUCUGAAACCAACCUGUCUGCAUUGGCUGAUAGUCAGGAUCUAGGAAACCGAACAGCUACCGGAGGAGUGGAAGGAAGGGGUAAUCUGUCCCAUUCACAAGAAAGGCGACCAUUUGGAAUGUGAGAACUUCAGGGCGAUCACUAUUUUGAAUGCAGCCUAUAAAGUGCUAUCCCAGAUCAUCUUCCGUCGUCUGUUACCUAAAACAAAUGAGGUCGUGGGAAGUUAUCAAGCCGGCUUCAUCGACGGCCGGUCGACAACGGACCAGAUCUUUACCGUACGGCAAAUCCUCCAGAAAUGCCGUGAAUACCAGGUCCCAACGCAUCACCUGUUCAUCGACUUCAAAGCGGCAUACGACAGUAUCGACCGCGCAGAGCUAUGGAGAUUCAUGAACGAAAACGGCUUUCCUGGGAAGCUGACUAGACUGAUUAAAGCAACGAUGGACGGUGUGCAAAACUGCGUAAGGGUUUCGGGUGAACUAUCUAGUUCAUUCCAAUCUCGCCGGGGACAAGGUGAUGGCCUCUCAUGCCUACUCUUCAACAUCGCUCUGGAAGGUGUGAUGCGACGAGCCGGGGAACGAUUUUCACAAAAUCCGGACAAUUUGUGUGCUUUGCGGACGACAUGGACAUUAUUGCCAGAACAUUUGAAAGGGUGGCAGAGCUGUACACCCGCCUGAAACGCGAAGCAGCAGAGGUCGGACUGGUGGUGAAUGCCUCAAAAACAAAGUACAUGCUGGUAUGCGGAACCGAAAACGACCGGAUCCGUCUGGGUAGUAAUGUUACGAUAGACGGGGAUACUUUCGAGGUGGUGGAGGCACUGGUGUAGCCACGGGGGGGGGGGGGGGAUUUUAGGGUUAAACCCCCCCCCCUCCCAGAGCCAAAAUUUCUGGAACAAAUUUCCAGUAUAAAACGCCUUACAACAAAAAAAAUUUUCGGCUGCGCCGCUAUUUUUAACCUACGGCUCAAAUUGAGUUUACAUAUUUAUGAAAUCUGAGUGUCAAAUAAAAAAUGGCAAUAUUGAACAUCGAAAACCCCUCCCAGAGAUAAUUUCUGGCUACGCCACUGGGUGGAGGAAUUUGUCUACCUCGGAUCCUUACUGACGGCUGACAACAACGUGAGCCGUGAAAUUCGGAGGCGCAUCAUCAGCGGAAGUCGGGUCUACUACGGGCUCCAGAAGAAACUGCGGUCGAAAAAGAUUCACCCACGCACCAAAUGCACCAUGUACAAAACGCUAAUAAGACCGGUAAUCCUCUACGGUCACGAGAUAUGGACCAUGCUCGAGGAGGACUGGAAGCACUCGGAGUUUUCGAGCGACGCGUGCUAAGGACGAACUUCGGCGGUGUGCAGGAGAACGGUGUGUGGCGGAGAAGGAUGAACCACGAGCUCGCUGCACUUUACUGCGAACCCAGCAUCCAGAAGGUGGCCAAAGCCGGAAGGAUGCGGUGGGCAGGGCAUGUUGCAAGAAAGCCGGACAACAACCCUGCAAAGCUGGUGUUUGCAACUGAUCCGGUUGGCACAAGAAGGCGUGGAGCGCAGAGAGCACGAUGGGCGGACCAGGUGGAGCGUGACUUGGCGAGCAUCGGGCGCGACCGAGGAUAGAGAGCGGCAGCCACGAACCGUGUAUUAUGGAGAAAUAUUGUUGAUACAGUUUUAUCACAGACAAACAGACGUCUCACUCUACUCACUUCCCAUCGUUUACCUUUUUAACGGAUUAUUCAAAUAUUCCGUAGUUCGCAAAUCGCUCGCUCAUGGCGCUCGCAUCGUUUUUGCUCCUGUUUGACGUUUGCUCACUACCGCCAUCUACUCAGUGGAUUUGCGUACCACAGCAAAAUUAGCACUGGGCGAUUAUGUUUGCGUGACGAUGAUUUUUAUCGCAUUUUGUUCCAAGAGAUACGUCUGUUUGUCUAUGGUUUUAUCUUGAAUUUGAUGUAAUACCUACUAAAUAAAUGAAUGAAUGGAUCUCUGAAACCAGUGAACCGAAUCGAAUAAAACUUUGAACGUUUAUCAUCGUUGGGCACUUUUUGAACUUUGAAAAAGGUUAUGACGGAUUGACAUUUUUUGAAUCCUUACUUUCCUCUAUAUGGUUCUCAAGAUAUCUUUAGACGUAGUGUGGCCAGCAAAAAUAAACACCCGCAGAAUGCCGGCAGGGUACCCGGGUAUCCACGAAACUGAAAUGAUCAUAUCUCCGUCAAUUUUCCACCGAUUUCAAUUGUUUUUUGGCUCAUUCAAUUCACAAACUCAUUAUCUAUCGAGAUAAUAUUUGGUUGGACCGGUCCGGGUGCCGGAAAUCUGGAUUUUCGGGCCCAUGUUUUCAUACAAAACAAUGCUCGGGUUAGUAGCAAUAUCGUUAUCAAUCCUCUCUCUAUUUCUUCAGCAUAUAGUAUCUGAUCAGUCUGGGAUCAUUAAACGUGUUGAUUUUGAGAUUCCAGAUCAGGCUUCCCGUAGGAGUUCUGGCUGGCCAUGGCCACUUUACGGUGUCCCAAGCUCAACAAUGUGGGCUUCAAUAUGGUAUAAGGACAUGGUCCCGAAAAUCCGGAUUUUUCGAAAACCACGGUGGAUCAGUGCAAUCAAAUAUUUUCUCAAUAGAUAUUGAGUUUUUGAGUUAACGUUGAACUUUUCGUCAUUGAAAUCAUCGUCAUCAUCAAACAUUUGAAAGCAGUUUUUUCGCUCAAAACAAAAGUUUUUGCUAUGAAAAUAUAUUCACUGUCCUCCACAUGAGGAAUAUAAUGCAAUGAAUAUAUUUUCAUGAUCCUUGUUUUGAUUUGCAGCGAGAAAACUGCUUUUUAUUUUCCGAAAAAUGAUGACGGAUGCUUGAGCCUUAAAUAAGCCAAAAAAAAUUGUAAUCGGUGGAAAAUUGACGGAGAUCUGAUCAAUCCAGUUUCGUGGGUACCUGGUUACCCUGCCGGCAUUCCACGUAAUAAAAAAAAUCAAAAGCCCCUCCCCCUGAUCCUCCUCAUUUGAAAAUUCUGUCAACCCUUUUAAUGGAUAUAUAUUCACGUUUUCUUAGAUCUAGCAUAGUGUCAACUUCCUACUCUCAAUAAUAAUUUAAAUAUCGAGAUUUUAAAUCGAAAAAGGUACCCGGGCAUCCUACCGGCCACAUGAGGGUUAAUAUUUGGAUUUCGAAGAUGUGGAAAUUCAAAAAUUAGUUGACUAAAAAUAUUGUUUUACGAAAACGGUUCUAGCUUCGCGAAAGAUCAAUCAAUCGAGCACAAAUGUGUAUCUAUGAUGCACAUAUAAUAAUUGGUUGACAAACAAUCAAAAUUUGAGAUUUUUUUAUGUACCUACUCUAUGAAAAUUUGCAGCUUGUUGAAAUCUUUCUUUGUGAGAAAAAAAAAGUUGUCUUUCCCUAACAUUUUGGCCACCCCCUGUACGUUCCUUUACCAUAAAUUUGCUAGCGUUCUCAUGCGUUUUAUUAACACUGUAGGUUAGGAUUUUGGGUUGUUACAUUUUGGUGAAGCUGUUUUCAGCAUUUUCAAAAUCAUGUUAUUUUUUCGUUGUUGAUCAUUUUUACCCUAAAAGUGGAUUUAGGGUGUGGAACCACUUGUGCAGAGGGUCAUUAGUAUGGGACAAACAUUAAAUUCUCGCUCCAGUCGACUUUUUUGAUUCCAUUUAGGUCCCAUAUGAACUGUGCAAAAUUUCAGCGCAAACGGUGAAACUAUAAUUUAGCGUAAGCGGUUCAAAGUUUGCAUAGGAUUUACUAAGGUACAUCGGGGCAAGUUGAAACGGGUGGGGCAAGAUGAAACGCGAAGUUUUAAGUGGCUGUUGCCUUGGCUGCUGCUGUUUCUGGGGGUGGUGAUGCCUCCCACCACCCCAUGCAACAACGGAAGCAGCAGUGCUGCUGAUAAAACAAAACAAAAACCGUUCGUUGGAUCACUAAUCGGUAAUAAAUCAAUAACUUUUUCCACAAGCAUUCAAUCGUUUUGCGAUCUUCGAAGGAAAGUUUCAUAAAUGAUUUUUCUACAAGAAGCGUUGAUCGAUUUGUUUUAAAAAGACAAAGGGCGACCUCUGGGAUUUUUUGUUUGAAAGUGUAACUUUUCCCAUAGUAAAUCCAAUGCAAACUUUGAAUCGCUUGCGCUAAAUUAUAGUUUCACCGAUUGCGCUGAAAUUUAGUAGAGUUCAUAUGGGACCUAAAUGGGAUCUAAAAAGUCGACUGGAGUGAGGAUUUAUUUUUUCCAUACAAGCUUAUCACAUGCCAAGGGUCAUGUGUUGGGCACUUUUCACUAUAAAAAAUUGAAUCAAUAGGACACGUUCGGUGUAGUACUAGAAUUGUAGUAAUGAGCUGAAUUUUUGUAGGGUGAGAAGGUUCUCCGUUUCUGCAAUGAAAUGGUGCGAAAAGCGUGGGUAUUAUUAUUUCUUGCCUAAUUUAAUGCUGUUUGAGCAAAAAUUUGGGUAACCGUGUUGUUAAAGUUGCAAGAAAUGGAGAAAACAACAACACAGUUACCCAGAGUUUUGCUCAAACAGCAUUAAAUUAGACAAGGAAUCAUAAUACCACAGACAAACAGACGUAACACUUGCAAAAUUUCCAUCGACCACGCUUUUAACGAUCAUUUUAAAUUUUCAUAGUUGUGGCUUUCACAACCAGAGGCGCGCGCAUCGUUUUUCUAUGCGUUUGACGUUUCACACUAGCGCCUUCUGUUGACGAUAUUGCACAACACAGUGAUUCGUGCAACUUUUCCACCAGGUGAUGGAGGUGUGAAUUGGGCGAUGGAUUUCCGUGAAAAUCGUUCAAUGUGUUACGUCUGUUUGUCUGUGAUAAUACCCACGCUUUUUGCACCAUUUCAUUGACCAUUUCACCAUACAAAAAUUCAGCUCAUUACUUCAAUUCUAGUACUUCACCGAUUAUGUCCUAAUGAUAUGAAAUUAACCCUCCCUUGACAUUUGGGUCAUUUUUGACCCAAUUCGUACUCUACGUCAGCGAGCUGCUGCCAGCGUGAUGUAAAAGGAAGGUUAAUUACGUUAUAGAAGAAAGUGUCAAAAAUUUAAUCCCCUUCCCAAAUGAUUCUACACCGUAUGUAUUUCUUUACUUCAAACCUUAUUUAUUACAUUGUAUAGAGAAUCUUUGAACCCUAAUGACUGAUAAAAUCUGUCGUCGUACUUUUUUACAGCAUUGAGCUCAAUUAUAUCAUUAACUAUUCAGACCCGCGAAAAGUUAUCAAUUUCACCCAAAAUGAUGGUAUCAACUUUGUGUAAUAUUUAAUAUAUAACUCUUUUGAUAUCUGAGCAUUAGCAAUAUGUACAUGUGGUACACUUUUGGUUGGUUGAAUUGGAUUUACAAUAAAUGUCAAAAUCAACUUCUAA